AUGGCGAACCGAACAGACAACUCGACUCGCUGUUCGAAUGGUAAAAAGACAAAUGAUGGAAUGAGACUUAUUAUAGCCACAUUCGUAGGAAUAGUUAUCGGUUUCUUCUUGGGGAUAUCUUUCCCUACAUUGUCACUAACAAAACUUAAUUUUCCCUCUAGCAUUCUUCCUUCUGUUGAUAUUGCUUACGUAGAAGAUGAGACACCAGAUGCAUCGAGUGAAACGCUUCUGCACACAUGGUCGUCUAGGAGUCCGUUACAUGGAGCUAAUUCGAGUGAUUCUCCUCAUUGGAAGAUAUGGGUUCCAUCGAAUCCCCGAGGUGCAGAGAUGCUGACUCCAGGAAUCAUUGCACCUGAAUCAGAUUAUUACUUACGCAGACUUUGGGGAUUACCCGAGGAGGAUAUACCUGUGAAGCCAAAGUAUCUCAUUGCUUUCACUGUUGGUUAUGGUCAGAAAGUAAACGUUGAUGCUUGUGUCAAGAAGUUUUUAGAAAACUUCACAAUUGUUCUGUUCCACUAUGACGGACGAACCACCGAAUGGGAUGAAUAUGAAUGGUCCAAGCGCGCAAUUCACGUGAGCGUGCCAAAGCAAACCAAAUGGUGGUAUGCUAAAAGGUUUCUGCAUCCUGACAUCGUGGCACCUUAUGACUAUGUAUUCAUCUGGGAUGAAGACCUCGGCCUUGAAAACUUCGAUGCAGAAGAGUAUAUCAGGCUUAUAAAGAAACACGGUCUAGAGAUAUCGCAGCCCGCUGUAGAGUCUAAAAAGAAGAUCACUUGGGAGAUUACAAAGAGAAAAACCAAAGGAGAAGUUCACAAAGACGCCAAGGAGAAACCUGGUCGAUGUAACGACCCUCACUUGCCUCCAUGUGCAGCGUUUAUAGAAAUUAUGGCUCCAGUAUUCUCACGAGACGCCUGGCGUUGUGUCUGGCAUAUGAUUCAGAACGACUUGGUUCACGGUUGGGGUCUUGAUUUCGCACUUCGUAAAUGCGUCGAGCCUGCACAUGAGAAGAUAGGUGUUGUGGAUUCUCAAUGGAUCAUUCAUCAGACUAUUCCUUCUUUAGGCAACCAGGGAGAAGAACAUGACGGUAUAGCAGCAUGGCAAGGGGUGAGAGACAGAUGUAAACGGGAAUGGACAAUGUUCCAAAGCCGAAUGGCGAGGUCUGAGAAGAAGUAUCUCAAGGAAAUCGCAGCCGCGUCUUCAAACUCAACGAUUCAUUAG